AUGACAAGAAACACAAAUCUAAGAACGGUCUUGUUGUUCUUCUUCUUCUUCUCUUAUUGUGAAGGAGGAAGAGAAAUAAGAAAGGGCAAUGGAGGGAUGAUAAAGGGAAUGUUUGUGUUUGGGAGCUCUCUAGUUGACAAUGGCAACAAUAACUUUUUAGAGAACUCAAGGGCCAAAGCUGACUUUUUACCUUACGGAAUGGAUUUUUCUCUCGGUCCGUUGGGACGAUUUACGAACGGCAAGAAUGUUAUCGACCUUCUCGGAGAUUAUUUUCACCUUCCUUCUCCCAUUCCUCCGUUCACUGAUCCUUCAACGAAGGGGAAGAAGAUUGUUCAUGGCGUCAACUAUGCUUCUGGUGGUUCUGGUAUUCUAGAUAACACCGGUGCCAUCACGGGAAAUGUAAUAAGUUUGAACAGACAAAUCAAAAACUUUGAAACCGUGACGUUGCCUGAAUUGAGAAGAGGUAUGAGGACGAGGGUAUCGUUAGACGAGUAUUUGUUUGUGGUUGGAUCGGGAGGGAACGAUUACUCAUUCAACUACUUUUUGAGUAACCUCCACUCGGAACUCAGCCUCGACUCGUUCACAGCCAACCUCACAGCCACAUUGUCUCAACAACUCAAAAAGCUGUAUGGUUUGGGAGCAAGGAAAAUAGUGUUGAUAUCAGUGAACCCAUUAGGGUGCAGUCCAAUGGUGAGAGCAAAUAACAAAGGACAAUGCCUUGAUAUACUAAACCAAGCUGCUCAAAUGUUCAAUCUCAACUUGAAGACAUUGGUGGAUGACCUAAAACCACAAAUGCCACUCUCCAAUCUCGUCUUCCUUAAUUCGUACAAGAUUAUCGAUGAUAUUAUCUCUCACCAUAUUUCUAAAGGGUUUAUGGAGGCAGCUGUGCCCUGCUGUGAAGUGCCAUCUCUGAGUGAAGGUGGGAAUGGAGUUUUGUGCAAAAAUGGAGGCCAAACUUGUCCAAAUAGAACCAACCAUGUCUUCUUCGACGGGUUACAUCCAACCGAAGCUGUCAACGUCCUCAUAGCAUCUAAGGCUUAUGCUUCUCAACUUCAAACCGAAGUUUAUCCCACUAAUCUUUUUCACCUCGUCAAUCUAUAGAUUCCGACAUGUAGAGUAGAGUAGAGUAGAGAGAUUUGAACCUCUGACCUCUUAGUUAAAAGUAUGUCUUCACUAAUUGAGUUACGCUCAAUUUGAGAAUCUCGCUCUUUCUCUGUGAGUUGUCAGUGUGUAGUAGUAAUAACAUUAGAACUUUAUUCA